GAAAUAUUGAUAUAAUAGAUUUUUAAACAUAUAUUGACUAUUUUACUAAGGUAAUCAAAAGAAACAUUAAUAUAAUAGAUUUUUUAACAUAUACUUAUUGACUAUUUUACUAAGGUAAUCAAAAGUUAUUCCAGAAUUUGGGACUAUAAAUACGACUGUGGUGUGUAAAUGUCUUACAUCCUUUUUCUCUCUCUCUUCCUCCCUUCGUCUUCUACCUCAGCGACACCACAAGCAGGAGAAAGUCGACGAAAGAGAAAAGAUUUUCCGGUAUUAGUCACAUCGAACGCCGACCGGUAUCAGCUUCAUCAUCAAAUCUACUUUCUCCGACGUCUGUGCACAUGAGCCGACGGCGACUUCUGUUAUCAGUGAUAUUACUCUCAUACUUGCUUCACGGAAUGGCUCUCGUCUCCGUCGCGGCAUCCGGUGGCGUGGUGGAGCUUAGAGACGAUCUAGAUUCGACAAAUACGACGUCGUUAUUAUCGACCUCUGGGCAUCGGAAAUUGCUUCUUCUCUCUCCGGGAAAAAAGGCAGAAACGAGGGCAGAGCCGGAUCGGAUCGGAGACAAGUGCAAGAAGUCCGACAUAGUGGUGAACCAGGCAGCAACCGAACCGAUGCCGAACGGAAUACCGGGUUACUCGGUAGAGAUAACGAACCAGUGUAUGUCUGGAUGCAAUAUAUCGAGGAUCCACGUGAGCUGCGGAUGGUUCAGCUCGGCUAAGUUGAUAAACCCAAGACUCUUCAAGCGUAUUCACUACGACGACUGUCUCGUCAACAACGGCAAGCCUUUGCCUUAUGGCUCAACACUCUCUUUCCGCUACGCCAACACUUUCCCUUACCCUCUCUCUGUCUCCUUCGUUACCUGUUCUUAAAAGGGUUUUCUUUUGGCUUUUAUAGGAUAAGAAAGUAGAAACAGCGAAAAAAUAUGAUACUAAUCAUAUUCAUACCAUCCCAUCAUCCUUCUUUUCCUUUUUGUUAUUUUGGGAUGUGAAAUUUUUUUGAGUAACAGUCAAAAGUUAUAAAAAAUAUAUAUCAAACUCCUUUAUUUGAGGAUCCUUAUGAUUUAUGAUACACCA